UUGUUUUUUGAGCUUGAGAGGUUUGAGGAACAUGAUUGAGUCUGUAAUCUUUUGCAUGUAGCAAAUGAUGAAAUUUACAUUGUGGUAUUCAGUGUUUAAAAGAUGAUGGGACUUUAUUUUCUCUACAAUCUUGCAGUCUCUGCUGUUUUACUCUGCACGACACCAGCAGAUGGCUAUGUAUAUCAGAUGAUGUAUGACUGCGAGUAUGGCGACAACAUCACGGAUAUGGUCUUUAUUGUUAAAAACAUAUUUAACCAGAAGCUCAACAACAUAUAUGACUCUCGGGUUGGGAAGUACGUCGGCUUUGGAGAAUACGGCAUGAAGAACGCAGACCAUUAUAACAACCAGGCUUGGAAAAUGGCCUUAAGAAAAACUCAAGUAGAGACUCUUUGCAGAUACAAUGCAAGACUGUUCAGAAGGAGCACACUGGAUAGAAAAGUGCCUCCGAUUGUCAGGGUCCAUCAGACCAAGCUGACUAACUACGGGGAGCGGUCCAUGCUGGAGUGCAGUGUUGUGGGGUUUUUUCCCCAAGAAGUGAGGGUGAGCUGGCUGAGAGACGGGGUGGAAGUCUCCACCGAUGUGUCGUCUACAGACGUCCUGCCCAACGAGGACUGGAGCUUCCAGCUUCACUCUUACCUGGAGCUGACACCUAAGAGAGGGGAGAGGGUGAGCUGCAGGGUGGACCACAGCAGCCUGAAAGAGAGCCUGGAGGUGGCCUGGGACACAUUUGCUCUGGAUGCUAAACAUGUGAAGAUGACAGCGGGGAUCAUCUUCUUCUUUAUCGGCCUCACUGCAGCUGCUGGUGGAGCAGUUUACCAUUGGUGGAAACAGAGGUUUGACUUCAGCCCAGUAGGCAGACAAGGAUAAACAUCUUCAUGUCUUUCAGAACUGUAGAUUUGUUGUUGGUUGACGUGCUUUGUCAGAAGGCAGUUGUGAUGAUAUAACGGAUAAUAAAAAUCAACCAUUGAACUGAAGACUUGGAUAAUGUUAAUGUUAAAGUAUUAAAGGCCCCCCCCCCCCCCCCCCCCGCUCAGCUUUCUUGAGUACAAAAACUCUCUUUCUUCAAAAAACCUUAAGCCCAGAAAAAAAGAAAAGGAAAAAGUCCUUCCGUCCUUCAAUCUGCUUCACCUGACCUGCAGUGGGAGGAGAUAAACGGCAUCGUGGGAAGGCGACAUGCUGUUCUUCUACUAUGGAACUGGCCUCCUGACAUGGCAGAGCUCCUCCUUCAUUAUUUUUAUCAGCCAAGGACUCAACCGACAUGGUAUCCAUCAGGAAAAGUGCCAUAAAUUCUUGUAACAUUAUGUUCUGAUCAUUUUGUAGGAUUAAAGUGUCAGACCUGUCUCUUGUAAUAGUUCUCACCUUGGAGUAAGACUCCUAUCUUUACAAGACAGGUCACAUCUGUGUAUGUGGAUACAUAUAGUAGAUAAAUUAGAUAAAUUGAGUACUUUAUUAAUCCAAUAAAAACCUACAAUCUUUAAUUAGAAAUAAGUAUGUUUAUGAAUGUUGUGAUUAUUUAUUAGUAACUUGAACUUUGCGCACAGCUGCUGUUGGACUUAUACUACAGUUUACUCUCACUUACAGCUGCAGUUUACUGAUUUUUGCUGCUGCUUGUGGACUUCAUGCUGGUUUACUCUGUGUCCAAGAGAAUGAGGGUACUCAUGUUGUGUAAAUGUGUCUUUUAAUAAAACAGCAUAAUGUAAUCUGAUUCUAUCCUGCAUCUCAGGGAAGGGCUGGCAUGGGGAAAAUAUCAAGAAAUGAACAAACACCAUUCAGGCCCAGCGCCAGAACAGUAAUGACCGUCCAGCACGUAUGGUGCAC